AUGGACAUCAAUUCGCUUCUUUCACCGGACUCGAAUCCUAAGUCUGGAAAUUCGACGCCCGUGCCUGGUCCUACGUCGAACAACGCACCGGCCACCUCUGCAGGGCCGUCCCCCCACAAAGCUAUUGAGAGAACUCGAACAGGCUCCAGAAGAAAGGGCAAGACUUCUUCACCUCUCGCACAGCAGGUGUACGCUCCUACUGGAGAAUCUUCGCCAGGACCCAGUGGGGGAAAUGGGACUUCUCCGACUGAAGUAUCCUCAAGACAACCAUCCACGCCGGGAAUGGACACUUUGGCGGAUCUCGCGUCGAUGCAGCACCACCAGCCCCAACGUCCAACACCGACAACUAUGCUCCGGAGUACUGAAUCCUACGAGCAUCAGUUAUCUCCAUCUACGAUUCACCCACACGUCAAUUCUAUCACCCACAACACCCCUACCUCUCGGAUGUCCUUUGAAAUCGCCAUGUCGGAUGGGCGCGACGGGCCCGCGAAGCGGACCUACGCCGCGACUUCGCUUGACCCAGAUGCGCAACGGUUGGCGACCGAACUUUUUCAUCAAAUUUCGCUCAACCCCCACACGCAUGACGCGCACGUGCAAUUUAUCGGAUUGCUGCAUGCAGGAUUUGUCAACCACGUCUACCCACCGAAUAACCCAGAUGUCCACGGUGAUCCACGGCGCUAUGAUCUACUAAACGAUUUGAAAACGGCACGUGAAGAAAUGGACAAGCUUUUCGCCAUGGGAGAAGAUCUUUGGGCCGAAUGGAUUCAGGAUGAGAGUAUGUUAGCUCAAGAUGUCGACGGGCGCAUUGCUGUUCUAGAACUCUGCCAGCGAUCCGUCGAAGAGGAGUUUGGCAGCACAAAACUAUGGAAUAUCUACGGCGAAUGGGUUCUUUACCUCUACAAUUCCGCUCAUGGCGAAGCCAGUUCUCUUCAAUGGACCGAAGAGGAUCGCAUGGUUGGGCGCGAGGUGUUCACGUGGGAUUCGGUCGUGGAGGUGUGGCAGCGGGGCGCAGACGCUACCAAAUGGAGAAUCAACAACAGCCACUUGGUCUGGGAUCGCCUUUUGGAUCUCUAUGCUCAGGACAUCGCUCGCGCACCUUCCCAAGAAAAGAUCAACCAUCUUCAUGGACUCUACGGCCAUCGUCUGCAAACUCCCCAUGCCACUUGGGACCAGACCUUCCAAAAGUUUUCAAGCUUCAUUUCGACUUAUUGCAACAGCAAGUAUGAGGAGAUCAUGUCUGAGACUGUUGCCCGCGCAGCUGAGCCAAAGGCUCUCUACAAUGCACGAGAGGAAUUCGAACACCGCCUGGCCAAAGCGCAAGAGUCUGGCGAUCGUACCCUCGAAUGGACUGUUUACUCCGAGUACAUUGAUUGGGAAUUGACGCGCAACCGCCGGAAACGAGGGGAUUUCAGCUUCGACUUGGUGAAUGCCAUCUAUCAGCGCGCCGUUCUGCACUUCCCCCACCGAUGUAUCGCUUUGGGAAGACUAUGUCAUGUUUUUGAUCGGCGAAUCUCUUCAUCGCCGCGCCUCUACCACGACAAUCUCUACCCUAGACCGUGCCACGCGUCAUUGUCCAUGUAUCUGCUAAGCUCGGAAAGAGAGAGCCAGUCGUUCAACAAGAUUUCGAGUAUCAAGCACAAGGCGACUAGCACUGGACUGCUUGAUGCUGGUGGUUUGGAAGAAGUCUUGAAGGUUCACGUCACCUGGUGCAGUUACCUUCGCCGACGCGCCUUUUUGUCUGACUCAACCGACGAAGAUCUUGAUGUCGCAGAAGUUGGCAUUCGCUCGGCAAUCGAGAGCGUGCAAGAAUUGGGCGAAAAGAAGUACGGCCCGGCGUAUCAGGGCGAUCCUCUUUUCCGUCUUGAGCGAAUUUAUAUCCGUUUCCUCAGUGAAAGUGGCAGCUGGGACAGCGCGCGAGAGACCUUCAAGGGUUUAGUGACUCGCCGUGGCAGUAGCUAUGAAUUCUGGCUCGCCUACUACGAAUGGGAGCUGAUUUGCUGGAGCAAAUUUGUGCAAGGCGAGGCAACAGUCGAUGCAGCGCGCCGAACCCCCAACCCGAGCUUUGCUACUGCCGUGCUCAAACAAGCGAUCAAGAGAACAGAUCUAGACUGGCCUGACAAGAUUGUUCAGACAUACGUUACUCAUUGCGAGGACUAUGAGGACUCAGAUGAGCUCCAGCUGGCCGUGAUUGAGACUCGGAAAGCAAUGCGAGCUGUCACUGCCCGAAGAGAGAGGGAAGCGCGAGAGGCAGCUGCAGCACAGCAACAGCAGCAACAACAGUGGGAGGCCGCAGUGGAGGCAGUCCCUUCGCCUGAAAAGAGAAAACGCGAAGACGAAAAGGAUGAGAUGCCGGAAACCAAAAAGGUCCGCAACGAAGAGGCACUGGCAGAGGUUCCCGCUCCUCCUCCACGGGAUCGAGAGAAUGCGACCGUUAUCGUCACGAACUUGCCUAAAGGCACCACUGAGGAUCUCGUGCGCCGAUUCUUCCGUCAUAUCGGUACCAUCAACACUAUCAAAAUGCUCCGUAGAGACGAGAAAGACUCUGAGGUUGCGAUCAUCGAGUUCGAAACCAAGGAAGACGCUCUUGCCGCUGUCACUCGUGACCAAAAGCGCUUCAACGACACUGAUAACAUCAUCGACGUGAAAAUUGGGUCACAGACGACACUUUGGAUCACCAAUUACCCGCCGACUGCGGAUGAGGACUACUUCCGCAACCUUUUCAACAAGCAGUAUGGCGAGGUACUCGAAGUUCGAAUGCCUUCUCUCAAGUUUGACACUUCCAGACGCUUCUGCUACUUGCAGUUUGAUACCUCCAGUGCUGCCCACCAUGCAACAGAGCUUCAUGGAAUGCGGUUCGAAGAUGGUACGAGGCUCAGUGUUAAGAUAUCCGAUCCCGGACAAAAAACUGCCCGCAGUGGUCCGAGAUACGAAGGACGAGAAAUUUAUGUUUCAAACGUUGCCUGGGACGCCAGUGAAAAAGACCUGAAAGAACUAUUUUCCAAAUUCGGUGAAAUCGAAAAGGUCUUGAUUGAGCGAAAGGUGAACGGUGCUAGUAGAGGGUUUGGUUUUGUUACUUUCUCUACCAAGGAUGCUGCCAAUGACGCUGUCGCAAUGAAUGACCAAGUGUUCAAGUCACGUGCUCUUCAUGUUGAAAUUGCUACCACCAACACUCGACGUGGUAACCAAGUCAUCAUCUCUCGAGUUGCAUCACACCCGGCGGACUACGGUGUCCGUGGUCUUGAAGUGCCGGUUGGUGACCAUGCACAGCGCACACUUGCUUUGAUGAACGUUCCCGAUACUGUCAAUCAGGCCCGCAUCCGUACCCUUGUCGAACCAUAUGGGCGUUUAGUCGCGAUCAAUUUGCGUCCAGAACAUCAAGGUGCUAUUGUGGAAUAUGUCGAUAUUCAGGAUGCCGGCAAAGCUGCGUUGGCGCUCGAAGGGAAGGAGAUCACCGCUGGACGCCCCCUCCAUAUCGGCACAGUUCGAGAGAUGUUGAAUUCGCAAUCGGAAGUCAAAACAGACCGGGGGCAAUCCGUCAAGAACGAAAGUAAAACGAAGAAGACGAACCUACAACCUACUGGGCCGAUUCGACGUCCGCAGCAGCCUGGCGCUCGGAAGGGUGGUCUUGGGAUGAAACGACAAAUCGCACCUCCCGGUCAGAAACAAUCUGCGGCUAAUCCAGCCAGUGACAAAAUGGACACGACGCCCGAUGGCGAGAGCAAACCGAAAAAGAGCAACGAUGAUUUCCGCGCUAUGCUCCAACAAAAGCGUCCGGAAUGAAGUGCAAGUGCAAUGACAGUGACAAUUCCUGGCGCAAUUCUUUUUUUUUUUACGGCAUGUAUUCGGCUGGCGUUUUUCUGUUCUCUGGUGGUCAUCUUGAUGCUUCCUUUAGAUCCGCAUGUAUUCAUUCGGGUCGGUCUUUUGCGUCAUGAUUUUGUUUAUGGCAUAUGCCGUCGUGUACAUUAUGACUGUAUCUUGCUCUUAGUUCUAAUGAUGAUGUCUGUUCCGAAGGGCUGUCUCCGAGACAUUAUUGCCCCCGAUGACUCGAAAGAUUUGUCCUGGUCUAUACCG